GAUGAGGUGGCGCACACACUGACUGAGAACCGCGUCCUGCAGAACUCUCGGCACCCCUUCCUCACAGCCCUGAAGUACUCCUUCCAGACCCACGACCGCCUCUGCUUCGUCAUGGAGUACGCCAACGGCGGCGAGCUCUUCUUCCACCUGUCCCGCGAGCGCGUGUUCUCGGAGGACCGGGCCCGCUUCUAUGGCGCCGAGAUCGUGUCGGCCCUGGACUACCUGCACUCGGAGAAGAACGUGGUGUACCGGGACCUCAAGCUGGAGAACCUCAUGCUGGACAAGGAUGGGCACAUCAAGAUCACCGACUUCGGGUUGUGCAAAGAGGGCAUCAAGGACGGUGCCACCAUGAAGACCUUCUGCGGGACGCCUGAGUACCUGGCUCCUGAGGCAAGCCGUCUGCGGGCUGCCCUCCCCUGCCCCUCGCCCACAUCACCCG